AUGACCCCAGGAGCGCAAGAUCGGGAAUAUGGUAUUGAGGAAGAGAAUCCCACCACAGACGAAUCACAUGACCUGCUGUAUUCCGUGGAAGAUGUGUCGCCUUGGUACCUGUGCAUCGGCCUCGGACUUCAGCAAUAUUUGACGGUAUUCGGUGCCACCCUGACUGUCCCUUUGUUGCUGGUCCCGAAGUUUUGUAUGGCAGAGGAUUACUUGAGCAUUAGUCAGCUCAUCAGCACGGUUUUCUUUGUAUCCGGAAUCUGCACACUCCUUCAAACUACCAUAGGAAGCAGGCUGCCCAUCAUUCAGUCUACUUCGUUUUCCUUUGUGGCCCCGGCCAUUGCCAUUCUAUCCCUGCCAAGAUGGUGUUGCCCAUACACGGAUGUAGAUCGCUGUGGUCUGAACGAGACGGACAUACCGACUGUGGGUAGUGAAGAACAUCGGUCCAUGUGGCAGGCGAGAAUUACCGAAAUUCAAGGCGCGAUUACGAUUUCUGCAUUGUUUGAGGUGGUGAUCGGCUUUAGCGGCCUCAUUGGCUUUCUCUUGAGGUUCAUCGGGCCACUGGCCGUAGUCCCUACCGUCAGCCUUAUUGGACUGUCUUUGUUCAAAUCUGCUGCUAAUCAAGCGUCAGACUAUUGGUGGAUUGCUGUCAUGACUAUGUUCCUAAUUGCCCUCUUUUCCCAGUAUCUUCGUGACUUACCCUUUCCUAUACCAAUAUAUAAGAAAGGUCAGGGAUGGGGGAUCAGCCGUUUUGCUCCUUUGAAAUUAUUUCCUGUGUUGCUGGGAAUCUGCCUGUCCUGGUUGGUGUGUUACAUCCUGACAGUAACCAAUGCGCUCACCUCUGACCCAGAGGAAUGGGGUUACCGGGCUAAGACAGAUUCCAGGAUAUUUGUGCUGGACAGCGCCCCGUGGUUCCGGUUCCCUUAUCCAGGACAAUGCGGGACUCCAACGAUCAGUACGGCUGGAGUGUUCGCUAUGCUAGCCGGUGUUCUCUCAUCAAUGGUAGAGUCAGUGGGAGAUUACUACGCUCGUGCCCGAUUGAGUGGCGCGCCUCCGCCACCUGAUCACGCCCUUAACAGAGGAAUCGGUUUCGAGGGCAUUGGCUGUGUCCUAGCCGGUGUUUGGGGUUCAGGAAAUGGAACUACGUCCCAUAGUGAGAACAUCGGAGCUAUUGGAAUCACCAAGGUUGGCAGUCGCAGAGUUAUGCAGGUAGCUGGUAUCACUAUGCUCUUGCUCGGAUGUUUGGGCAAAUUCGGGGCCUUGUUCGUUACUAUCCCUACUCCCGUCGUCGGCGGGAUGUUCAUGAUCACAUUUGGAAUGGUGGCAUCGGUGGGACUGUCCAACCUCCAGUUCGUGGAUCUCAACUCGUCAAGGAAUCUCUUUAUUCUCGGAUUUUCUAUUUUCUUUGGACUGAGUUUACCUGACUGGAUCAGUAAACAUCCUGCCGCAAUUCAAACAGGGAGCGAAGCUGCGGAUCAGAUCCUGACAGUCUUGUGCGGUACUGGUAUGUUUGUCGGCGGAUUUUUUGGCUGCUUGAUGGACAACACCAUUCCAGGCACAGAUGAAGAAAGAGGGAUCCUGAAAUGGCGCCAGAUGACCCAUACUGACAGCGAACAAACAUCCGGUGGAAAAACGGCGAAUAUUACUACCUAUGACUUACCACUCGUUCAAAAGUUUCUCAGUGGAUGGAACUGGACGAGUUAUCUCCCUUUCUGUCCCACGUUCCGUGGAAUUCGCGGGUGUUGCGGUUGUUGCAGGUGCUGGGGGCGUCGAUCGAAGUUAGAGCUGAAUGAGGAAGAGGACACGGGACAUGUUAACGAGAUUGACGUCUUAAAAAGUACGGAGCAAGAAACAACUCAGUUGUAAUCUCUAACAUAUACACGUACUGGCAUCGCGAAGACCGUUUCGAACCAAGACACUGUUACACAGCGAUCGAGUCAUAAAAAGACUUUUCAAAAUGUCGUGAUUUUUCUGUUUUGUGCAGCAGACGGAAACGUUUAUCCACGAGAAACCACGAGAGAUGAACCGAUAAUUUAAAGGUGCUUAUGUAUUUAAAGUAUGACCUCAACUUCUAUGAAUUUUUCAAUUGACCACGUUAUGCAAUUCAUACACAUCUCUUUCAGAAGCCAUACUAAACAGAUUAUCGAAACUCGACAGGAGUAACUAUUUCGUUUGAAUGUAAAAAACGGAGAGUAAUACAGAUUCAGAAUUUUGCAAUUUCUCUUGCUUGAAAUUAAAACAAACUAACUAGCAUUUAGAUUGGCUUCA